AUGGCUACUUCCUCGUUGCAGAUAUCCUUCUACGAGGACAAGAACUACCAGGGCCGCUACUUUGAAUGCACCAACGACUGCCCCGAGCUCAGCUCCCACCUGAGUCGCUGCAACUCCAUCCGGGUGGAAGGCGGCAUCUGGGUCCUCUACGAGAGAGCCCAAUACAUGGGCUACCAGUAUGUGCUGGUGCAGGGCGAGUACCCAAACUACCAAAGCUGGAACGGCUUCAAUGACACCAUCCGCUCAUGUCGCCUGAUCAGACACGUAAGUUCUCCUCCGAAUCGGCACAGGGUUCGCAUCUACGAACGCGCAGACUUUGACGGCCAAAUGAUGGAGUUCAGCGAGGACCAGCCCAACCUGCAGGACCGCUGGCGCUACCGGGACGUCAACUCGGCUCACGUCCAGGAUGGCAUGUGGGUCUUCUACGAGCAGCCCAACUACAGGGGGCGCCAGUACCUGCUGGAGAAGGGCGAAUACAGGCGCCACGCCGAGUGGGGUGCCCUUCACCCCACCGUCGGCUCCAUGAGACGCGUUGUGGACUACUAA